AUGUCCCGCCCACAUGUCCUCAGGAUUACCCGUUCGGACGAGGACGAAGGCUCAUUUGUUUUGGUUCAUGUGCAACCAUCAUCAUCCAAAAAGGCACGCCCCCUGGACGUUAGAAUCGUAGCGACCGAGGGCACCUCCCCCUACGUUGUCACUUUAAAGCACAAUAGCAUCCAAACACUAAGGCCCAAGGACAGCCCUUGUACAUCUGAAGAAUGGGAACAAAUACUAGAGUCACUUCUCCUAGGCCAAGAAGUAGUCCCGGAUAUCCAUCUUACGGCCGCCGUGGGGUCUGACCUGCAGAUAACUGUUCGCAAAAAGGUCCAGCGCAUUACGGCAAGUCGUCCCGAGCUUCAACGACUCGGGGUCAUCAACUUGCAAGAGGAUGAGAGCGAGGCAGUGGAACUGUUUGACUGGUGUGGGCUUGCCCUCGAGUUCACUAAUAACGCCAGAACAGAGCUUGCUUCAGCCAAGGCGAAAGCAGAAGAGUGCGACCAGGCUGUCAGCGAGUUGACCAAGCAGCUGGACGAACUAGUCCAAGCCAAAGCGGAGCACGAGGCUGCGCUCUUGGACAAAUUCCGACUUUUGCUCAACGAGAAGAAAGCAAAGAUCCGAGAGCAGCACGAUGUCAUCAAGAGCGGGGGUUUCAAUUCGACCACCCUUGCCACCUCGAGUCAACCUGAUUUUGAGGACGAUGGAGAAAAGGUUGAAGAAGAUGAUGAUCGCGACGCUACGUCGCUAGCCAAGACGGCCCGGCGACCCCCGGUUAGACGCAAACCCAAGCGCAAGGCGCCGGCAGCCGACCUAAGCACUGAUUCGGAUGACGGAUUUGAUGUGAUGGAUGUUGACCAACCUAAGCAAGGGCGUGAAGACUACGGCAACUCUUCCGGCGACGAAAAGCAAACUAGCGAUGAGGACGACCAGGCUACUGCGAGUGAACCAGAGGACAUCAGUCCAACGGUCAAUGACCAAGCAAAAUCACCUGGUCGAGGAAUGGCUGCCACAGCUAGUGUUACUGCUUCUCCUGCCCCUAGUCCACCUACCACACGUCAGGCAUCUGCCGGAAAGCCAAUUGCAACACGUGCUCGUAAACCACCACCAAAGGCGUCGACGACCUGCAAGGAUGAUGGCAGUGAGACAGAAUCGGAUGAUGAACUAUAA